GAUAUUGAUCAGUUAGGAAAAACUGAAAUAGUUAAACAUAAAAUUAAUACUGGAAAUGUUUCUUCUAUCAAACAACAUCCUUAUAGAAUAUCUCUGAAAUACAAAAAAUUUAUCAAAGAAGAGUUGAAAAGAUUACUUCAACAAGGGCAUAUUAAAGUUUCUUAUAGCCCUUGGAUCUCUCCUGCAUUAGUUGUUGGCAAAGCUAAUAGAAAGUUUAGACUUGUAAUUGAUUAUUGUCAAUUGAAUAAAGUAACUAAACCAGAUACAUACCUCCUACCUCGUAUUGCUAAUAUGAUUGAUGCUUUGGCUCAUAAAUCGCAACCCUCAGCAGCUAAGGAGGAAAUCUCUACUCUACUAACAAAGAUAGCUAAUGAAAAAAGAAACUUCUCAAACCAAGAUUAUACCACAGGAAAAAUAGAGAACAACAACUCAAAUCUAGUACAAAAAACAAACACCUCAUCUUCUGAUUCAAAACUUUCUGAACUAGUAGGCGAAACUGUAACAGCAGAUACACAGAAAAACAAAAAAAGGAAGAAUAAGAAAGGAACACAUGAGAAUGAUAUAGUAAUGACAGAGGCAACCACCUCUGAACAAGGCUCUUCUUCUCAUUAG